AUGUAUAUAUCUAUCUCUCUCAGUCUGUUCGUAUCUAUCUAUCUUUCUAUCUAUCUAUCUAUCUAUCACAUUAUUUUUAAAUCUCUCUCUCUCUCUCUCUCUCUAUGUUGCAUCAUUUCUCAUCUAUCUAUCUAUCUAUCUAUCUAUGUUAUCUAUGUAUAUAUCUAUCUAUCUCAGUCUGUUCGUAUCUAUCUAUCUAUCUAUCUAUCUAUCACAUUAUUUUUAAAUCUCUCUCUCUCUCUCUCUCUCUCUCUCUCUCUCUAUGUUGCAUCAUUUCUCAUCUAUCUAUCUAUCUAUCUAUAUUCUGUUCGUAUCUAUCUAUCUAUCUAUCUAUCUAUCUAUCUAUCUAUCACAUUAUUUUUAAAUCUCUCUCUCUCUCUCUCUCUCUCUAUAUUUGCAUCAUUUUCAUCUAUCUAUCUAUCUAUCUAUGUUAUCUAUGUAUAUAUCUAUCUAUCUCAGUCUGUUCGUAUCUAUCUAUCUAUCUAUCUAUCUAUCACAUUAUUUUUAAAUCUCUCUCUCUCUCUCUCUCUCUCUCUCUCUCUAUGUUGCAUCAUUUCUCAUCUAUCUAUCUAUCUAUCUAUGUGUCUCUUUCUGCAUAUUACAUAUUUUCGAUAUAUAUAUAUCUAUGAAUAUGUUCAUGAAGUAUCUAUGUAUAUAUCUAUCUAUCUCAGUCUGUUCGUAUCUAUCUAUCUAUCUAUCUAUCUAUCUAUCUAUCUAUCUCUCUCUGUUAUUUAA